GUGUUUAGGGAGGAAUGUACGUGGAAAACAAGUCGCUUGAAAGUUUCCUCAUCAUAGCUUCCCUGAAACAAAUGGAGGUGUGAAGAAUGAAGAAGCUGUAAAUUUGAAAAUUUUAUCUCUGUUUUACAGGGCGUUUUGUGGACGCUGAUGCGAAGAGGUUAAGAUGUUGGGGGAUCUAAUAAAUAGAGGUCUUGUGAUGCUUUUCGGAUACGCAGUUCCUGCGUUCGAGUGCUACAAAACUGUGGAGAAGAACAGAGUCGAGAUUGAUCAACUCCGGUUUUGGUGUCAAUAUUGGAUCAUUGUCGCACUAAUGACAGUAUUCGAGAGGGUUGGGGAUGUCUUUGUCUCAUGGUUACCCAUGUAUGGUGAAAUGAAGGUUGUCUUGUUCAUCUACUUAUGGUACCCAAAAACCAAGGGAACAAGCUUUGUUUAUGAAGCAUUGUUUCGACCAUAUGUUGCAAAGCAUGAGACAGAUAUCGAAAGAAAGUUGCUGGAACUGAGGGCUCGAGCCUGGGAUUUGGCCAUGUUUCAUUGGCAGAACUGUGCCGAUUAUGGACAGACCACAUUCUUCCAACUUCUCCAGUAUUUCGCUUCUCAAUCUUCAAAUGCUGAAGGCCCCAGCUUGCAGAAGAUCGACCAGCAACUUCUCAAUUCACCACCGGACUCCAGCAGACGACAGCGACAGACCGAGAAGAAGUCCACUCAGCAGUCAAGUAAGAAGUGGCCGUGGUCACCCUCAGCGCCGCCAUUGUCAUCGAUGAAACGCUUUGAGUCCCAAUUACCGAAAUCUGAUGUUGUUCAAGAGCAACUUCCCAGCGAAAUAUCAUUAGUAGCUACUAUGAUGGAUACGGAUACAAACAUAUCGGCAUCCGAUGAUCGAACAGAUCCUCCUGGCCGGAUUAGACAACGGCGUUCUCAAUCCCGUCCACACCAAUGAACCCAAAACAGAAAAA